CUGCAGUUGACGUCACAAGGGCCGGCACACGAUGAGGUGGAUUUCGAGUUCUUGGGGAAUUCUUCCGGGCAGCCAUACACCGUGCACACGAAUGUUUACACGCAAGGCGCAGGCAAUAGAGAGCAGCAAUUCCGGCUCUGGUUCGACCCGACUGCAGCUUUCCACAAAUACACUAUUCUUUGGAACCCACAACGUAUAAUCUACAUGGUGGACAACAUCCCGAUUAGGGUGUUCAACAACUACGCGAAUUACAGUGUUCCGUACCCAAGCAGCCAGCCCAUGAAGAUGCAGUGCAGCCUUUGGAACGCGGACGAUUGGGCCACGCAGGGCGGGCGGGUGAAGACGGAUUGGGCCCAAGGCCCAUUUACGGCCACCUACCGUAAUAUCAACAUAAAUGGCUGUGUAGUGAGCGGGUCCUGGAACUCCUGCAAUAAUGGGUCCGUGAGUAGUAGUAAUCAGACUUGGCAAACGCAGGGCUUGGACGCCAAAGGGAGGAAACUAAUCCGGUGGGUCCAGGAUAAUUUUAUGAUCUACAAUUACUGUAGUGACGCCAAAAGGUUCCCCAAAGGCCGUCCCAAGGAGUGCCGGCUCCCCAGGUUCUAA